AUUGUUCAUUAUUUAAUUGCAGGUGUGUCAGAGAAAACUGUAACAAGAAUUACAAAAGAAGGUACAACAGCGGCGAGUACUUCGAAAAAAAUUGUCACCCCGGGGAAGAGUCGCCCACAUCCGAAGAAGAUCGACUUAGACGGGUUCGAUUUGUGCGCUGUCCGGCAAAAAAUUCACAGUUUUUACGUUGUGCAUAAAUAAUUACCAACAUUGGCUAAAUUACGGGCAGCUCUUAGAGAAGACAUAAAUUUUCAGGGAACCAUCACAACAUUUCACAGGAUAUUAAAUAGGAUUGGUUUCAAGUAUAAGCGAUGUCAAUCCAGACGCAAACUCCUUAUGGAACGCCACGACAUUACCGCAUGGCGUGCAAGAUAUUUGGAUAAAAUUCGAAUAAAUCGAACUGUGGAAAAACGACCCAUUGUAUACUUAGAUGAGACCUAUAUACACAACACUUAUCACACAAAAAGUUGUUGGCAGAGUGAGGAGGAACCAGGAAUGUUCGUCUCAGAGUCGUCAGGGAGUCGCUGGAUAAUCGCUCAUGCGGGAACAAAAGAUGGAUUCAUAAAUGGUGCAUUAUUAAUGUUCAAAUCCCAAUCAAAGUCCUCAGAUUACCACGAUGACAUGAACUCUGCAAAUUUCUUAAAAUGGGUGACGGAAAAACUAAUACCUAAUCUACCUGAAAAGUCGCUUGUGAUAAUGGACAACGCUCCUUACCAUUGCACUCAGAUAAACAAAGCCCCUACAAUGUCAAAUUUAAAAAGUUGUAUGCAGGAAUGGCUUCGGCAAAAAGGUAUAUAUUUUAAAGACACCUGGAGAAAAGCUGUGCUGUUUGAUCUAAUCAAACAAAAUAAAGGUCCACCGACAUUUGCAGUGGAUGAAUUAUUAACAGCUCACGGACACGAAGUAUUAAAGUUGCCGCCUUACCAUUGCGACAUCAACCCGAUUGAGAAAAUCUGGAGCCUUGUAAAACGAAAGGUGGCGGAUAAGAACGUGGCACAAGAUCCAAAAGAAAUUGUAAAGUUGACUGAAGAGGCCUUUGAGUCUAUUACGGCGGAAGAUUGGACAGCUCAGUGCACGCAUGUCGAACAUUUAGAGGAGGAAUAUUUAAAAAAUGACGGCCUUAUGGAUGAAGAGAUGGACCGAAUAAUUAUAUCUACGGCUAGUGAUACUGAAACAGAAUCUGAUUCUGUUUCCAUCCAAUCUUCAGACAGUGAUGUUCCUAUGGCUGCUGAUCACAAUUAUUCAAUAAAACUCUGAAUAAAAAAUUGU